GACUGUAACUAAAGAAAAGGCUUAUAUUGAAAUCUUAGUUACUAAUACAGAAUUACAUAAAGAAUUGGAUGAUGAAAUAGUUAAAAACAAACUUAAGGAUAAAAAAUUUAAAGCACUUAGCAGAGAGCUAGAAACCUGUUAUAGGGUAAUAUCUUACCAGGAUUCAGCAAUAUUAGCUCACAAAGAUAA